AUGAAAUUACUAACGCACAAUAUGCUCACUUCAAAAUGCAUCAAAGGAGUCUCCGUUGGAUAUCCUUUGAAAAUAAACGCUUCGGACGUGAAAGAGACCGAGAUAGAUUUUAACCCGGAAUUCGUGAGUAAAAUGAUCCCGAAACUGGACUGGCCAGUGCUCUACGAGGCAGCAGACAGCCUGGGAAAAGUCGGGGAUUUGCCCAAAAAUAUAAUCGAAAAUUUCGAAAACGACGAGGACUUUUUGAAGAAAGUCCAUCACAUCAUGUUAGAAGUGGAAAUCGUCAAUGGUAACUUGAUUUGCCCUGAGACCGGACGGAAGUUUCCCAUCAACAACGGGAUACCUAAUAUGUUGUUGAAUGAAGACGAAAUUUAA